AUGUACCGAGAUAUACUGAAAUGGGUUCGUGAGUGCCAGCAAUGUGCAAUUGUAAACACCCACCCCAAGCACCCCCACUGUUACGGCCUAUCACGACGUCUAAGCCAUAUGAGAUAGUCGGCAUCGAUGCUCUUAAGUUGGGUCUGACUCGUGCUGGCAACCGAUAUCUCUUAGUAGUUAUAGACCAUUUCACAAAAUGGUGUUCUGCUUAUCCUAUACCGGAUAAGAAGGCCGAUACUAUCGUAAAGGUGUUUGCUGAUGAAUGGUGCGCACGUGAAGGGCGUACCCUGUUAGCCCUUAUUAGCGAUCGCGGCGCAGAAUUCGUGAACGGGAAAAUAAUGACUGCGAUCUCAGAAGGUUUAGGUAUGACCCAGACCUUUACAGCCGGGUAUAAUCUCCGGGCGAAUGGGCUUACAGAACGUAUGAACCGAACCUUGAUAGCCAUGUUGGCGAAAUCAACCCCAGUCCCCAUGGAUUGGGAUCGGAGGGUGCCUUAUGUGCUGUUUGCUUAUAACGCCACUCCUCACUCUACUACUGGAGAGAGCCCCUUUUACCUGCUUCAUGGGUUUGAUCCAGACUUUCCUUUGGAAAUGGGUAAGGGCCGCGAGGUUUCAGUUUAUGAGGUUGAUAUGGAUGAUUGUAAGACUGAACUCUUGGCUGGCUUGAAACUGGCUAGGGAAAUUGCUUGCAACACAGCUAGCAAGUCUCAGCAGGGAAAUAAGAUUUUAUAUGAUAGAAGGAAUAGGACUAGUAGCGAUGUUUUUAAAACGGAUGACAGGGUUUACGUGUAUAUGCCCAAUGAGCAAAGGAAGAGGGCCAAUCCGAAGCUGCAUUGGAAUUAUACUGGUCCUUACCGCGUUUUGGCUGUCCCAGGACAUUCUGCAACGGUAAAACUGAUUCUCGGGAAGGGGGAGACGUUCUCAGUCCCGGUAGACCAACUAAAAAAAGUCCCCAAGGAGGUUUCGGAUGUGCCUUAUUUAGGGGCGACGCAGCGUCGACGCUUGGCCAAAAAUGCUCUUUGA